GAGGCGGACUACGCCGAGGCGCGAUUUUGCGUGUAUCUUUUCUAUGUUGCUGACGUUCAACUUUCGAUGGAUUUCAGUGCUGUAGUGACCGAGCGCCCGUCAUUAGUGCGUUUAUAACUAGCUGGAGUCGACAUGGUAGUACUACGCAGUAGCGGCGGUGGUGUAGUUCUCCAACCGGUGGCAACAACUCCGGACAGGAGGUCGAUGGAGUUGGACACAAGCUCGGAAUUUCUGUCUCUUGUUCCCGCUUUGCAGAGAAAAUCACCCCGGUCCACACGAACCUCCCGCACUCUGGAUGAUAGCCUGGCCAGCCCCGAACACAACCGAGUGAAUGGAGAUGGUAAGCAGCAGUCGGGAAGCUGUCUCCAUUACUUUACAAAGACCAGAGGACAGCGAGUCAAACUAGAGGUCUCCUUUUCUGACAUGGAACCAAAGGCUGGAGGCUACGCCACAAGGAAGUCCUCCAGGCUACAGAAGGAAGGCAAAUCAUCCUGCGACAAACUGCAAGGGGAUGUUCCAGAUGAGGUAGAAGGGACAUCCACUCCCAAAAGAAGCCGCGUUAACUUAAGGAGCCCCGAAGACGAGGAGGAACACUCUUUACGACGUAGUUCCAGAAUCACCCAACACAAAUUUAAUUCCCGGAAUCAAUCCGUCCUCUAUGACCGCCUCAUCACCAAUACGGCUGAGGCUGUUUUGCAAAAGAUGGACGACAUGAAGAAGCUGCGACGCAGAUUAAACAAUGAAGAACAGCUAGGUGUAUAUACUCGAGGCAGAGUGAGGCAAUCUCUGAAGACCAAUGUGGACAAAAAGAAUGCCAAGGAAAACCAAGGUGAUCAUGAUGAAGAGGAUGAGGAUGAGGAUGACGAUGAUGAUGAUGAUGAGGAGGAGGAGGAGGACAUUGAGGAUGACAUUGACGAUGAUGAGGAUGCUGUGGAUGAAGAAGACAACCAGAGGCGUUAUGACUUUAGACAGCGAAAAAAUGUAGUUCUCUACCAGGCACCGCAAGAUGAGCCCAGAGAAGCUAGAGAGACCAGAGUGCCACGAAAGCGCACAAUGUACUUUAAGGACCAUUCAUCCCCCACCAGACACAGAUUUCCCUUCAGCUCCACAGCCCCUCGGAGUCCUUACAACAGGAGGAGGACCAACCGGAAUAGUACUGAGAGGAGGAGACAUGCCCUCCACAGUAGCGACUCCACGUCCACUUCUUCAGAAGAUGAGACGUUUCAAAGGAGGAGGCGUAAGAGCAAGAGUAAGAGCAGGAGCAGGUCAGUCACCAGGUGUCUGCCUAUGAACAUUGUGAAAGAUGACUUGCUGGGAAUUCACAAAGAUCGCAUAAAAACUGGGGCAAGUCUCGCUGAUGUUGACCCCAUGAACAUUGACAAAACGGUACGCUUUGACAGUAUCGGUGGCUUGAGCAAACACAUCUCCUCCCUGAAGGAGAUGGUGGUCUUCCCUCUGCUUUACCCAGAAGUAUUUGAGAGGUUCCACAUACAGCCACCCAGGGGCUGUCUAUUUUACGGUCCCCCAGGCACUGGGAAAACCCUGGUAGCCAGAGCAUUGGCCAACGAAUGCAGUCAGGGAGAAAGAAAGGUGUCUUUCUUUAUGAGGAAAGGUGCUGAUUGCCUCAGUAAGUGGGUUGGAGAGUCUGAGAGACAGCUACGCCUUCUGUUUGACCAGGCUUACCAAAUGCGUCCAUCUAUAAUUUUCUUUGAUGAAAUUGAUGGUUUGGCUCCAGUGAGGUCCAGUCGUCAGGACCAGAUUCACAGUUCCAUCGUGUCGACCCUUCUGGCUCUCAUGGAUGGAUUAGAUGGCAGAGGAGAGAUUGUGGUGAUUGGUGCCACCAACAGACUAGACUCCAUUGAUCCGGCUCUCAGACGCCCGGGCCGCUUUGACAGAGAGUUUCUCUUUGGCCUCCCUGACAGAGAGGCUAGAAGGGACAUUUUGAAGAUCCACACCAAACAGUGGACACCUCAACUCUCUGAAAAUUUCCUGGAGGAGCUGGGUGAUAAAUGUGUUGGUUAUUGUGGAGCAGACAUCAAGGCUGUGUGUUCAGAGGCGGCACUAUGUGCACUACGGCGGCGCUAUCCACAAAUUUACUCCUCAUCAGAGAAACUUGUGCUUGAUGUUGAUUCUAUUGCAAUCACAGCUAAAGACUUCAUGUCUGCCAUGUCCAAGAUGGUCCCAGCUGCACAGAGGGCUGUAGUGUCACCAGCCAAGGCUCUGAUGCCUGCAAUACGCCCAUUACUGAGUGCCGCCCUGCAGGAGAUCCUCCACACUGUCAGGAAAGUGUUCCCACAUGCUGAGCAGGGCUUUAAAAGGAAGAGGACACCAGGUCAGUGUUGCGUGUCUGAUGACGAGUUAAUGUUCAGUGAAGAUGAGGAGCGAUCUAGUGGACAGACUCCUCAAAAGAAGACACUCUCAAGGGGAAUCCUCAACAUUGAAAGAAGUGCAUUGAGUCAGCCAACCUCUUACCGUCCCAGGGUGCUUUUGGAGGGUCGGCACGGCUCAGGUCAAACCUCCCAUCUGGCUCCUGCUGUUCUCCAUGCUCUGGAGAAAUUCACAGUGUACACACUGGACAUGGCAGUUGUGUUUGGAACCAGUGCAAUUGCACCAGAGGAGGCUUGUGCACAGAUUUUUGUCGAGGCCAAGCGGACCUCUCCCAGCGUCCUGUACGUCCCCCACAUUGGACAGUGGUGGGAGACGGUAGGUCCUGCAUUAAAAGCCACUUUCCUCAGUCUACUUGGCUCCCUCCCUGCAUUUGCUCCUAUACUGCUACUGGCUACCUGCAGUCUACAGUACUCUGAACUCAGUUUUGAGGUUCAGGAGUUGUUUAAGGUAGAGUAUGGGGAGGUUUACCAUGUCCAAGCCCCUUGCAGCCGAGAGAGAAGAAAUUUCUUUGAGGACCUGAUGCUCAAUCAGGCUGCCAAAGCCCCUGCCUCUAAAAAUAAAUACUUAUCCCACUCCUUGGAAGUCCUUCCUGUUGCCCCUCCUCUGCCACCACGUCAGCUGGCGGAGCAGGAGGCCCGAAAAUUGGCAGAACAAGAGGAAGACAGCCUCAGAGAGCUCCGCCUCUUCUUGCGGGAUGUCACAAACCGCCUGUCCCAAGAUAAACGCUUCAAGGCUUUUACAAAGCCUGUAGAUUUAGAGGAGGUUCCAGAUUAUGCUGCUGUGAUAAAGAAGCCUAUGGAUCUGUCAACCGUGCUUUCAAAUAUUGACCUCCAUCAAUAUAUAACGGUUAAAGACUUUCUUCAAGAUGUAGAUCUCAUUUGGCAGAAUGCACUUGAAUACAACCCAGACAAAGACCCCUCAGACCGUCAGAUUCGGCAUAGGGCCUGUGCACUGAAGGACACUGUGCAUGCCAUCAUACGACAUGAAUUGGAUGAAAAUUUCGAGAAGAUUUGUGAUGAAAUCAAAGAUUCACGCAUCAAUCGAGGUUGCUCCACUGCACAAUACGCUCCCUCCUUUUACCAUGUCCUCCCUAAACAGGCCAAACUUAUGACUGAGGCCAAUAUGGCUGACAAGACUCCACAAAGAGAGCUGGCCAAAGCCACAACUGCGCUGACUCCUAGUACAACUUCCUCUACGUGUAUUACACCUAAAAGCAUGGUGCAGAGGAAGAAACGUCGGAGGAGUCGCUGGGCCUCUGGCUUCUAUUCAAAGAAGACGUCUUCCUCGUCUCCUCAAAUCUCCAAAGAGUGUAUGCACUUAGUCUCUGAUAAUGACGAUGACGAUGCAGAUGAAGAAACUGAGAUGGAGAAGGGAAUGAUAACAGAGCUUGACGAAGAUGAAGACAAGGAGGUUGAAUCGGUGGUUAAAGCUACUGUGAAAGACAGUACUCAGAGUGAAAGCGAAAAAAGGGGUGCUGAGGACCAGGCACCAAACGAAAUAGAAACAGUAGACAAACAUCAGCCAGCUGUAGAAUUUACAGCAGACAACCCAGUCAACGUUGGGCGCAGUACAACAAGCAUUGAAGGGCAUAACCAGGGACAGUUGGACACAGGUUGUGGUCAAACAUGCACCCAAAACCUGACACGGGAAGCCAACAGCGAGAUCGCAGGACAGAAGCCUAAGCCAGUGGAGGUGGUCACAGACAGUACCAGCACAGACCACUCUGAAGCCCUCAGAGGAGACAAGGACUCUUGCCCAGAGAGAAACAUGAGGCGCAUGACCCGGCCCUCAAAGAACACUGCUCAGCAGCAGCAAUUUGAUAUGGAAAAAGUUCUGCAGAUCCGUGACCAGGAAAACCCUUCAUUGGUAGUGGACAGGGACAAAUUAAAGGAGCUAUUGGACAAAGUUGUGACUAAGACUGAUGGCUGUGAGGUGCACAAGUUGGAGAAACUCUAUGCUCUCCUCUGCCAAAGUGUGUACAGACACAGAAGAGACCACCACAAAGCUGCAUUAAUAAGGGAGUUGGAGCAAGAGAUCAACGACUUCUGUUAACAAUUCUAAAGGAACAAUGUGAUAUUUUUAAAUAAUUAUGCACAUUAUUCUGAAAGAAUCAUGGCCAACACCCUCAGCUAUAAAAAGAUCCAACCAGUGGUUCCAUUCAAAUAUCUUUGAGCAUAAAGUGAAUCUUUGUCUUACCGUUUGUAUCUAUUUAAA